UUAGACAGAUUGAAAUUGAAGUUUUUUAUAUUGGAUUUGCAUUUCAUUCAUUUGUGAUUAAUUAUUAUAGUUUAAGAAUAUCUUAAUUUUGUCGUUUAAGAAUAAUGGCUGGAAUCAAAGGUUUGGUGUCCCUGGCAUUUGCUGGUUCCAUUGGUAUGACAUUUGUUAUUCUGGCAUGCGCUCUGCCUCAGUUCAAAUUAUGGUGGCCAUUUUUUGUGGUGAUUUUCUACAUUCUAUGUCCCAUCCCAACAAUGAUUGCCCGUCGCCACACAGAUAGUGCUGGGGGCACCAACAACUCUUGUAUGGAGACUGCUAUUUUCAUCACCAUGGGCAUCAUUGUUAGCUCUUUUGCACUGCCCAUUGUGCUGGCUCGAGCUAGUGUGAUAUUGUGGCCCGCUUGCUACCUGACAUUGGCGGGCAAUGUCAUCGUUUACUUGACUAUCAUUGGCUUCUUCACAAUUUUCGACAUGGAAGAUUCAGAUUAUGCAAUGUGGUGAGAAAUCUAGAAACAUCCUUAUCCAUUGGAUCAAAACAGAGACAAUCAGCUGAUUUUUAUAUAAUGUGGUUUGUCUACAUAAGUCUGAAAUUAUGAUACUGAUAGUGUUUUUUAAAAUUGAUGUUAAGUGUACCCAAUGCCUUUAAAUGUUGGUAAUAUUUGAAUUAGGUGCAUAAAACUUGCAUCUACUAAAAUUUGCUUAUGCAAAAUAUUUAGGUAUGCUUAGAUUGGAUUCAUACUGUAAAACCUGAAUUUAUUAAUCAGUGUAAAAUAAACUCAUUUUUUUUCCUUUAAAUAUGUGUUGAUUAAUUAUUUAAAAUGUAGUUUAAACCUUUAAUCAUUUAUAACUGGAAUUCAUUUAUACAAAUAUCUAAUAUUUUCGUUUUGGUUAUCCUCAAGUUAUAGAGUAGGUUUAGUUAAUGUUUUGAAGUACAUACUUCACAUAAAAAAAUGUUUAUUUUUAUAGGUAUAUAGUAUUAUAUUAAAAGCUAUUAGAAUAGAUGAUCUAUCAUUUUAAAUUAUCCAUGCUGUAUUCAAAAUAUUUGUCAAUUCAAUUUACCGAAGAUUGUAUGUCCAAACUAACGAUUUUCAUAAAUAUGUAAUUUCAAUAUUUUACAUUAUUAUUAAUUUAAACAAUAAAAUUAAAAUUAACUUUUCUUACUAAUAGGUGAAUGUGUAUUUUUUAUUGCUAACAACAUAAUUAUUAAAAACAUUGUUGGUACUUUUCAUACAAAUUAAAAAAAAUUGUUUACUCUGCUCUGCAAUCACAUUCCUGUAUUUAUAUUCUGUAAAUAUGUUAUUAGGAGACAGGUCACAAUAAAAUAUUGUUUAUUUGCUUAUAA